CUGGUUUGUUUUCAAGCAAUGUAAUUUGUUAUUUCUAAGAAAUAUCCUUAAGGUCUAUUCGUGAUGGCCAAUCAACAGUUUGAACGCACAUCAAUCAAUACUUAACACAGUUUUCAGUCACUUCAGAUAUAUAAACUUAAGCACCCAAUAUCCCUAUUUUGGGGAAAUUUUUGGGAAAACUGCCAAUUGUCAUUGGAAUUGGGCGAAACUCCUAGGAUCAGGAGAUUAGGGAAUAUCGAUGAUCUACAUUGUUAUAUUUCCGUAGAUGUUGAUUAGAUGAUAUUUAACCCUUUCAUUAUACUCAUUUUAAGAGAUCGGUUUUAAUUUUUUAGAUAUAGAUGGUUUCACUCUAUAAUUCCUCGAAGUUGAAUUUUGGUUUGCCUUCCUAUCUUUUAAUUUAUACUUCAUUGUUCAUGGGGAAACAUUCGCAAUCUCCGAAUUCUAGUGUCUCUCACUUCAAAACCUUGAUAUUCUAACAUGAGUUCAUGUUAUUAUGUUGUUUGGUUUUGGGAGUUUGGAACAUAAUUCUGUCACAGUCCCAUGCGCAUAAGGUUCCCUAGUUUGUUUAGGUUUCCUUGAAACAAUCGAGAUUCUACGUUAGAUUCCCCCGCACGAAAAUUUGAAACCCUGAUUAUUCUUGGAAAUUUAUCCACAAAAUGUCAGUAAUACCUCACUAGUUUGUGGUCAUAGCUCAUGCCCUCAGGAACUAGCGUCACUGUGAUACAGGAGAGUAGGUACUCUUCUUUAUUAUAAGGUUUCGUUAAAUUAAUUGUUUACUGUGUAUUUAACCCAGAACUCUUGGUUCCCAACAUGAAUGUCAGCCACAAAAUACGAACUGAAGUCAUUCAAGCUGGUUCUUGAACUUAUCAGCUUCUGAAAAUCAAAUUCACUGGUAUAAUUAUGAUUGUAAUAUGGUUCGUUGGAAGUUUGGUCCUCUCAAAUAAUCAGGACCUAUAAAUUAGACAUACAGCCAAACUAAACGGGACUAGAACUCGUUUCAUUUUUACAGAUUAUCUUGGAAAUUGAGUCGAACUUCAUUUUAACAACACAUCUUGUCCAAUACUCCCUAACUAGUUAUUCCGCCUUACAUGUCUAUGGUGAAUUUUUCAGUCCUUAAUAUUACCCACUAUUAGUUAUCAUGAUAGUUGUAGAUUACCUACUGAUUCCUUUUGAACACAGUCGUUUUAGCCCAAAAACAGCUAUAGUUCCUGGAAGUUUGAGUCUAACCGAGUUGCUCUGUUUAUUGAUCAUUUUGGAUGGACACAUUAUAUAGACCGGUUGUCCAGGCCUUUAAACUGCAAAGACUUCAUCCAAUUCAAAGGGUCCGUGUCAUGUAAAUCGUGUAAAAAGACGGCUAUAAAUUUGGCAAUUUUGUAUCACUAAAAACGUAACAAUAAGACAUUCGUAAGUAAACGAGUAGGCCUACAGUGUAUGUAUACUAUUUUGUGUAACUACAGUCAUUAUUAUAUCGUCUCUAGAAAUAGUAAAAAAUUACCUAGUGACGUUUCAUUUGAAAUCUAACAGUAAUAUUAUCUGCAAGGUUUAGUCACUAAGAUUAACUUUUGUAUUGUAUUCUUGGUUCAUUUCAUUGCAUCUACCAAUGCAUUUUCCUUCAAUAGCUUAAUUAUUAUGGAUCAUUUGGAAACCACCUAUAAAUUUUUGAUACCGUCGUUCAUGCCAGCCAUAACUCAUCCCCUGACUUAUGCCAGGACAAUGAUGUUGUUGGGGUAUGAACCAUUUCCUCCUGUUCGUCGAUUUACUUUACGUAACAUUCUACGUCCGAACUAUGAAGUAUAUUACUACCCAAGUGUUUUCACUUACUGUCGUAAACUUCGCCAAGAGGUUGGGUUGUAUGGAAUUUUCACCAUUGGACUUCCUGCUAAUAUUAUUGGGUCAUUUGUUAAGUCGUACUCUACCAACAUCACUAUGGAGUAUUUAACUCCGGACUUUUUUGAAAAGAAAACAUUUUUUGAAACUGAUAAAGGAGUCAGAAUUUUUUUGAUCAGUACCAGUAAAUGUACUGUUGCUCGAGUAGUGGGUGUAGUUGUUAGUUAUCCAUUCCAAGUCAUAAUGAUUCGCCAAAUGUCGCAAUUUAUCAAUGGGACACAAUUAUAUGAUUGUAUUUUCAAUGCUUUUCCUACUAUACUGAGAAAUGAAGGUUUUUUAAGUUUCUUCAGUGGUUUGACACCUAGAUUAAUUGGAGAAGUUAUUACAGUUUGGUUGACUGCUUGUCUUGCCUAUUUUUUCAAUAAAUAUAUUUUCAUGGACCGUAUCGACCCUCCUCUGAAAAAGCACACUCCCUUGGUAACUGAGAUGAUAGUAAGUGGCGCCACUCAUGGACUCACAGUCACCUCCACAGUUAUGGCUGCUUGUGACUCGACUAUUAACGUCGUACCUGUAUUCAACAAUUGGUGGCAAUGUUAUUCCUAUCUCAGCCAAUCUGAUGCUUUUGUUAGAGGAUCAUCUUUAUUCUUCCGACGUGCUCCAUCACCAUUGUCUAAAUUACAUGGCUAUAGUCAAUGA